UAAGCGUGUUUAGCAAACGGGAAAAGCACCAGGGACGGCUCCGCAGUGCGGCGUCCCCGCUAGGAGGCGGCAGGAAAGUGAGAAAUGCAAGUGCCUUCGGCUGCGCGCUCUCUCACUCAGUUUCCCCUCCCCCCGUUCUCGAGCGUGGCGCGGUACGAUUGCGCGUGCGCGGUUAGUAGAGGGCCCGUGAGUCGUUCUAAGCCAGGCUUAUGGCUAAGCGCGGAGCAGAGGCGUUGGCGUGCCGCUCGUUCGGGUGCGAGAGCUUUCUCACUCAAGCACCGAUGCCGAAGCGCUCGCGGAGCGAUCCCGAGCGAAAGGAGCCGCCAUGCUCAGAGCUCCUCCGUUUGAAGCGAAAACGGGCGGGAGCGGAGGAAGAUGAAGAGGAGAAGAAAGCCACUAGUGGAGGGAAGCGGCCUUCCGUGGUGAACGGCAGUGGCUCUCAGAAAGAGCGGGGGCUUGGCGCCAUCUUCCACCUUGGAGGAACGACGCGGCCGCAAGAGGAGGAGCAGCAGCAGCAGCAGCUUUUGCUGCCUGGGACAGACAUGGAGGCGGCGGCGGGAGGAGAGUUGAGGGAUCGUCGGACCCCGAAGCCGCCCGAUGAGCAUGAAGAUGAUGUUUGGCACUACAAUUCCUUCCAGUACUGGAGGUCUCCAUUACCUACUAUUGAGUUGUCUGAUAUUCUGGAUUUAAAGAAAGAUGACACAGUAGAAGCAAGACACUCCAGCAGUGGUCAUCUCCCGGAAAUGGAAACCUGAAAAAUGAUUCAUUGGCAAAUCUGCUUGCAGAAGAUGGUUUUUGUUUAGUUCUGUUCUUGAUUGGAAAAGUAGCCUCAAGGAGUAAAAUAUACUUUGAAGAAGGACAAUUUUUCCUAAAAAGAAAGGAUGGCAGUAGAGCUCAUCAAUGGACUGUCUAGAAAAAUGAACUGUAUACAGAAUGAGGGGAGUGUGAAUCUUGGAGGACUGGUUGAACAUUUGAAAAUGGAUGUAUGCUGACAAAAAAAAAUCAUAGCCAGUUCUUUCUUCAUGGACAGUAAAAUGUACAGCAGGCAGUGCUCCACAAGGGUGUGUGCUAAGAUGCACCCAGUCAAGAGAACACUAUUAGGAUCUGUACUGUCCUUGUUGAUAGAAGAGCUUGACCAAAAAAUAUAAACAAUCCACACUUCUGUGCAACAUGAAAAAUGGCAGUGGCAACCAUUUUCUGCCAAGAAUUGCCACUGUACAAGUUUUCUUAAGCGGUUCUGGGGCUGGCAUGAGGGUAAAAAUGAUGCCAGGAUUUUAUUGCAUUUUGGCUUAAGCCAAAUAUAUACACUGUGAUGGACAAGGGAAGGGAACCAUGCAGAACAAUGUGAAACAAGUGGGCACAUUUCUCAGGGCUUAUUGAUGGAGGCUCACAUCCUGCAGAGUUAAGAUGUUUGAUUCUGUAUUAAAUUAUGUUUUUUGCAAAUAUUAGACUUAAGUACAAAUGUUAUCAUUUAGUCAAAUUUGCUAGCAAUGACUAUCUGAAACCAGAGAGCUUAUCAGUAGACUUCAGCUUCAGAUCUGCUAAUUGUUGCAUAGUUUUUAUUCAAGUUAGAUGGCAUUUCUUUAAUAAUAAACCAUAACUUUGGCAUAUUUGAUAAGAGUUUUUGUUGUGUAAUAUAAUCUACUUUUUAAAAAACCCUAUGAAGUAUUGAUCAUAUUGAUUAUCUCAUUGGACAACUUUAUUUUCCCUAUGCACCAGAAUGCUUUGUCAAUAAACCUUUUUUGUGGGGAGGGAUUUCUUAAAUCAGGUUUAAUAGUGUCUGUGUUGCACUGUGUUUUUUCCCUUCCUGUAGAAAGGAAAAUAUGAUUAGACUCGUAAAAUGCUUGGGCUGUGAAA